AUCAUUCUUCACUCUUUGCUCGUUGGAGAAACAGUGAGUGAAAAUGGCAAAAACUUUACUUCUAUUCUUUGGCGGUUUGGUCCUUAUUAUGGAUUCAUCAAUUGGCCAGCGUGUUAAUCGAACUUAUCCAAGCUAUCCAAGCUAUCCAACUGGAAGCUAUCCGAGCUAUCCAACUGGCAGAUAUCCGAGCUAUCCAACUGGCAGAUAUCCAAACUACCCUACUGGCAGAUAUCCAACCUACCCUACUGGAAAUUAUCCAACAUACCCUACUGGAGGCAGAAAUAACACAAACACAUGCGCCAGUAACCCAUGUCUUAACGGUGCACGUUGUUAUUCGUAUGGCUCAUAUAAAUAUGGAGGUUGGAGCUGUAGCUGCAAACCUGGAUACUCAGGCCCAGUCUGUCAAUACUCUGUAUCUGACCCCUGCAAGAAAUCAGAAAACGUCUGUGCAAACAACGGAAUUUGCAAUGCCAAAAAAAGUUAUUAUUGGAGGAGUGUAAGAUACGAAUUAGCUUGUAUCUGCCCAAAAACACAUACUGGUCCAACUUGCUUAAAAAAGAAUCCCUGCUUUGAAGGCCCAUGCCAAAACGGUAUCUGUACUCCUAUGGACAAUGGUACCACUAACGCUAUCAAAUGCCAUUGUAAUAGCGGCUUUGAAGGUAAAAACUGCGAUAUUCCUACCCCAAAUCUCUGCAAUGCCAACACAUGCAAGAAUAAUGGAAUUUGCCAUCAAUAUUUAAACCAUAGUCUUGGAAUUUCUCAACAUAAAUGCUACUGUAAAAAUAGUUGGGGUGGCAAAGAUUGCUCUGAAGAUAUGUCCAAUCCAUGCCAAUCUAGCCCAUGCGAAAAUGAAGGUGUUUGCACCAAUGGAAAUAAAGGAAAAUAUUUCUGUACAUGUAAAGCUGGAUUUGCUGGUCAGAAUUGUGAACAUGCUGAUCCUUGCACAGCUCAAUUCUGUGGUGAUCACGGAAGAUGUCUUGCUAUAGCUAGCUAUGAUAUGAAAAAAAAUGCCACUGAAUUGAAAGCAGUUUGUGAAUGUGAUCCAAGCCAUGCUGGCCUGAGAUGUGAAAUUGUCAACCCAUGUAUCAGUGAGAACCCAUGUGAACAUGGUGGACAGUGCAAUUCUUAUCCUAAACGAUCAUACCAUUACUAUUUUGUCAGCAGAGGCAAUUACAAUUCCACUGGUUUCACUUCUCCCAAAUGCUACUGUCCACAAUAUUUUGGAGGUAAACGCUGUGAAGUGGUUAGCCCAUGUAUUGAAAAAAACCCAUGUCAAAAUGAAGGAGUAUGCAAAGAUAACGUUAAAUAUUCAUACGACAACGGCACAAGCUACAAAGAAUUUUUGGAACCUCGUUGUUAUUGUCCAGCAGAUUACACUGGCAAAUAUUGUGAAACUAAAAUAGUUAAUCCUUGUGAAGAUGAACCAUGCAAAAAUGGAGGAUUAUGCAGCAAAAGUAAAACUGAUGAAAGUGCCUUUGUUUGCACAUGUAUUGGUAAUUACAUUGGUGAAACAUGUGAAAUAAAAAACACUAAAAUCACUGAAUGUAGCUUUGAGAAAGGAUUGUGCUCAGGAUUCACAACCACAAAAACAGGUUCAUUUGCUUGGAUUAUUCAAUCCGGUUCAACUAGAAGUGUAAGAACUGGACCCAGCACUGGUAAAGAUGGUAAAUAUUACAUUUACACUGAAGCAUCUAGUCCUGCCAGAUCGGGAUACAAAGCUUAUAUCAGGUCAAAAUAUUUUGAAACCGAAUCUACAUCAUGCGUUUCUCUGAACUACCAUAUGUACGGUAGCGCUAUUGGAACUUUGAAAGUUAAAACUGAAAAUUCUGAAAGAGAAAUGACAUCAGAUAAAGAAUUUUCUCUUUCUGGUGAUCAAUCAAACAAAUGGCAUUCCCUAAGUUUGACUGUUCAACCUGGAUCAUCCAGACUAGUAAUUGAAGCAACAAGAGGAAAUAGCUGGGCUGGAGAUAUUGCUGUUGAUAAUAUCGUCUGGGUAGGAAGAGCCUGUGACGAGGAGGGAGAAGGAGAGGGAGGCGAGAACCCAGACAAUGGUGAACCCGACAAAUAAAUCAAUUCUGCAUCCUAUAUAGGCUUUAUUUAAAAGCAAUCAAUCGUUUUUUGAAGUCGAAUACAAAUAGAUUUAAAUCUUAGCUUU